AGCGGUACGGGGUGAGUGUGUGUGAGAGCGCUUUGAGCCGGUUGUGUCACUGUGCUCGAGCUCCCGUGGAAUUAACGGGAGAGCGGCCGCUUUAAGGCGCGCGCGGAGCCGCCGGUGGGGUGUCCUCUGUCUCAGAGUCUCAGAGUCUCAGCGGUCCACCGGGACACCAUGUCGUCUCACGCGGCCGGUUCAGAAACAUGGAACGGGGCUCCAGAGCGUAUACGUGUAGCCACAGCUGUGAGCGAAUCCUCGUCCAUUCAUAGUGAAAAGCUGCGGAAUCUCGCUCGAGACAUCUCAGAGAUCAGCCAUGAGAGAGUCACGAGCCGACACGCUGCAGGAGAACCCGGCGAGGAUCCGGAUAAGCCCCGCCCAUGUCAGCGAGGAGGCGUGUCUUUUGCUGAUGGCGGAAGGAGAGUUGAUUAUGUGCUCGUGUAUCACUCUAAGCGACGCAUUUCCAUCGUUACCAACGGCAACGUGCCACCCAAGAGCGCCACCCCUGUUCACCUGGACACACAAGGUGACAUGGCGGAGGCGGAGCUGGAGGUGGGCGUGGCUCCUGGGCCAGGAGGGGGAGAGGGAGCCCUGAUCAGGGAGGAAUUCGAGCGAGGGCUGGAGGAGCAGGGUCUGGAGAUCGAACGAGAUGGAGAGAUGAAGGCAGUGCGCUUUACACGUCUCCAUGCCCCCUGGUCGGUGCUGAGUCGUGAAGCAGAGCUUCUCAAGAUCAAAGUCCCUACCAAAAGAGUUUACGAGCUGAAGCAGAAGACGGGACUCACCGGAGCUCUGAGUUCUCUCUGGGAGAAACUGAACCAGCCGUUCCAGCCGGGAGUUCCGGAUCCCCAGAGAACCCCACACACACGGGUCCUGUUUCUGCCGUUCAACAGGGAGAAGCUACACCUGUUUGACAUCAAGUCGAGGAACACGCUCUUCGACACCGCGACCCGAGGGAGAAUUGUGUUUGAGAUCCUCAGACGCACGGCGUGUACUCAGUCCUGUCACACUGUGGGAAUCUCGUCAUUACUCGCCAAAGGUGUUUACGAUGCGGCGUUCCCUCUACAUGAUGGAGACUUCACCUCCGACGUCAAGGAGCUCCGCAACGACAGACAGUUGUUACAUGAUGAAUGGGCCAAUUACGGAGUUUUCUUCAAAUAUCAGCCAGUCAACCUCAUCAGGAGAUAUUUUGGGGAGCAGAUUGGUCUGUACUUUGCCUGGCUGGGGGUUUACACACAGCUGCUGAUUCCCGCCUCGGCGAUGGGGAUCAUGGUGUUCCUGUACGGCUGGAUGACCGUCGAUACUAACGUGCCAAGUCAGGAGAUGUGUGAUAAGCGUCUGAACUUCACCAUGUGUCCUCUGUGUGAUGGAGUGUGUGAUUACUGGCAGUUGAGCAGCAUGUGCAGCACCGCGCAGGCCAGCUAUCUGUUCGACAACCACGCCACUGUCGCCUUCGCCAUCUUCAUGUCCCUCUGGGGGGCUGUGUUCCUGGAGCACUGGAAGAGGAGACAGCGAUGUCUGCAGCACAGCUGGGAUCUCAGCGGCGUUGAGGAUGAGGAGGACCGAGCUAAAGACGAGCUCCGGCCAGCGUACGAGGAUUUCCUCCUGAAGAAGCGACAGAAAAACAGCAAAAACAGAAAGAAAGACGAGCUGCAGAGGACGAGGAGUUCUGUUCUUCAUUUGGAUGAGAGGACACAUGAUGUUGGCAAAGAAAAGCUGCUGCUGUCUGCAAAAGGAGGCCAAACACUGUUUGCGUCAGACUCUCUGACAUGGAGAGACCGGCUGCCGGGAUGCUGCAUCAACAUCUCCUCCAUCCUCCUCAUGGUGGGGGUCACACUGUCAGCAGUGUCUGGAGUCAUUCUGUACCGCAUCAUCGUCUUCGCAGUGAUGUCCAUGAACCCUGACCAUGAGGCCAAGGCCAAUGUGCGCGUUACCGUGACGACCACCGCCGUCAUCAUCAACCUGCUGGUGGUCCUGGUGCUGGAUGAGAUCUAUGGAGCUGUGGCAGCCUGGAUCACAGAGCUAGAGAUCCCGAAGACGGAAGCAGCGUUUGAGGAACACCUGAUCCUGAAGACGUUUCUGCUGAAGAGCAUGAACGCUUUUGCGCCUGUCUUCUACGUGGCGUUCUUUAAGGGCAGGUUCGCAGGACGUCCGGGUGACUACGUGUACGUCUUUAAAGAUUUCCGCAUGGAGGAGUGUGCUCCUGCAGGUUGCCUUAUUGAAGUGUGUAUUCAGCUUGGUAUGAUCAUGUUAGGGAAGCAGCUCAUCCAGAACAAUGUGUUUGAGAUCGCCAUCCCAAAGCUGAAGAAGAUGUAUCGGGAAUAUAAAGAGGAGAAAGAAGGCGGGGGGGAGAAGAAGAAGAAGAAGGACAAGGAUCCGAGUCGGACCCGGCAGCGGUGGGACUUGGAUUACCAGCUGGAGCCGUACGAGGGUCUGAGCCCGGAGUAUAUGGAAAUGAUUAUCCAGUACGGGUUUGUGACGCUCUUCGUGGCCUCGUUCCCACUCGCGCCCGUCUUUGCUUUGCUCAAUAACAUCAUCGAGAUUCGACUUGAUGCAGCGAAAUUUGUAACUGAAAUCCGGCGGCCUGAUGCCGUCAGAGCGAAGGAGAUCGGAAUAUGGUACAACAUCCUGAGUGGCAUCAGCAAGUUUGCCGUCAUCACAAAUGCAUUUGUAAUUUCCUUCACGUCAGAGUUCAUUCCGCGGAUGGUGUAUCGGUGUCUCUACAGCGAGACCGGGACCAUGCAUGGCUUCAUAGACCACACUCUGGCUUACUUCAACACCAGCAACUUCAGGCCAGGCACCGCACCCAACAGCACACGCUUUGACAGGGAGCUCCGUAUCUGCAGGUAUAAGGACUAUCGCGACCCCCCCUGGUCCCCAGAGUCAUAUCAGCUCUCUAAGCAGUACUGGUCGGUGCUCGCUGCUCGACUCGCCUUUGUCAUCUUUUUCCAGAACCUGGCAAUGUUCCUCAGUAUGCUGGUGGCAUGGUUGAUUCCAGAUGUUCCCCGCUCUUUAAAGGACUGCCUGAAACGUGAAAAAGCCCUGCUGCUAGAUCUUCUUCUUAGUGAGGAGGUGGAAAAGCAGCGACAGCAAUCACAGCAUCCUGACCACAUCAACAUAACAAUCAACACCUCGGAAGAGGAGACCAUAGAGAUGGAGCCAGACUGCAGUCUCAUUCUGCAAAGCCAGGCAACUGAGAAUGAGUUACAGACUAAGAAGAACCUGUCAAGAGAGGAACCGGAAUCUACCCCCAGUGAGCCAGUUUGCCCUGAUAAAGACUGCCAUUCUAUAAAAACAUCAGAUCCUCACUUAAAUCGGUGUGUGCCUCAUAGUCAGGGGAAACCAGGAGGCACUUUUCAUUACCAAGAGUUUAAUCUAAAAGAACCUCCACCUCGAGAUCCAGGCCCCAGGACAAGGAGCCGCUGCCAAACCCUUCCACCCAGACAGAGAGGCGAUCCACCUGGAGGAAGCCCAAGCAGAACCAGCCACUCCACCAGCUUUGUACAUUUCAACCAGAACUUUCUGCAAGCAACCAGUGAGCUCUUACAAAAUACUCCCUCUUUACCACUACGACUUCAAUCUAAAAACCAUUCCAGCAAACCAUCUUCCAACAGAGAGCUUUCUGGAAGCCAGUUAUCAGUGCUGUCCUGCCAGCCCGUUAGAACAGAGCUCCAGUCAGAAGCACUGCCAUGCUCUCCACCCGAACAGGAACUAGACGGCGGCAAAAUAGCUUUGGCACAGUCACCCCCCAAGCCAAAGCUUUCACUCAGUCAGUCAGCAGUGUUGCCACGCCCUCCAUCCAGACCAGAACUUUCACUUAGUCGAUCAGCCAUACUGCCAAGACCCCCAUCUAAACCUGAGCUGAUAGGGAGUGUUGCAAAAGGACUUCCACUCCAGGACCCGGCUACCAGAACCAAGUCCCGGUGUCAGACGCUUCCUCCCAGGCAUAGAGGACCGGAUCCAAUGGAGACAUCAUUGAGAACCACCCACUCCUCCACCUUCUCAAAUAUCAACAAAAAGUCAUUCACAUUAGCCAGUGAUGUGACACACAACACCUUUGUGUAAGAAAGAGUGGAUUGGACAAGUUCUGGUCCGUCCCACUCCAGCAUCUCUCAACCAAUCAUCUCUUUCAGUGCCAGACAACCUAGUUGGUUACACAAUCAUCAGGGACGCGUCCUGAGGAUGGGAUCGUCUGUAGAUCGUCAUUAAGUUACUAUCACAAUCUCGUUGUUGGUUUCUAAGCUUCUUGUUCUGUUUAUUUAUUUGUUGUUUAAGGACUGCACUGUGAGGGGACAUUCGCUGUGGUUUACUGAAAUCAUCAGGUUUUAAAAUUUGUCACAAUACAUAAAAAGGAGUGAGAAAGAAGGAUUCACUUGGUUUGUUUUUUGCCUUGAUUAUUCUGGAUUGAAGAUUAGACAAGACACUUUAUACAAGUUCAAGUCAGAGGUAAGUUUCAAGUCUGUUAACUGCAAGUAUAAAGUUUUUGUGCAGCAAAUUUGAGUUUGAGCCAGAACUGCACAGAACUGCAACUCUGGGUCAAACCCCAAGUCUCCGAUCUGUACACCUGGGCCGAAUCUCAAGUCUGUGGACUACAAGUUAGAGUCAGUGUUUGAGUGUCUGAGCUGCAAGUCUAAGUCAAGUCUUGGCUCUCUAAUAAAUCUGUCUAAAUCAAGUCUUUAAUCUCUGAGGUCCAAGUUUCAGUCAAGUCUCAAGUCUUUGAGCUCCGAGUUCAGGUGAAACCUCGAGUCUCCAAGGAACAAGUCCAACUCAAAGUCUCUAAGUUUCUUAUAUGCAAGUCCAAGCCAAGGCUCAUGUCUCUCAACCACAAGUCCAAAUUACGUCAAUAAACUGCAAAUCCUACGGCCAGGUUUCAGUUGUGUGAUUUGCAAGUACAAGUCAGUUCUCAAAUCUCUACGGUGCAAGUCUGAGACAAAUCUCAAGGUUUUAAGCAGCAGAUUUGAGCCAGGUCUCACUACUGUGUGUAAGCUGCAGGCCUAAGCCUCAUUUCAAGACUUUAAGCUGCAAGUCCGACUCAAGUCUCAAGUCUUUAAGCUGUAUAUUUAUGCCAAAUCUCGAACCUUGAAGCUGAAGUCUCUUCAAUUUUUUUUUAUUUGGACAGUCCAGUUUAUGGCUGUAAAUAACUUCAUCCACAUCAUUAAACAUGUGAUAAAACAUAAGAUAUACUGAAAGCUUAUAACUGUAAUAACUGUUAUUGUCUCAUGCUGGCUUGUUUGUUAAGUGUCUCUGUUGGACUGUACAAAGGAUGUACCAAGGGCUUGAACAUGGAACCAUUUCGAUCAGAGCCCAUCAAAGUGAACAUGCUGUUACCUUUAACCAUGAGUGUACAGUGGGGAUUUGGGUCACUGGAUGUUUAGCCCAAUUAUGUCAUAAUCACCAGUAGGGAAAAAAACCCUUCUAUAUAUGGGAUGUAAUUCAUAAUGUAUAACCUGACAAUAAGAUUUUUAAAUGCAGUGGAACUGUAAAGGUAAUCACAUGCAUACUUUUAAAAUAAAGUGAGGAAAAUUCUGGAGUUUCUAAGAGAGUUAAGGAGAUUUAUCUAAAGAAUAUUUGUGUAUGUUGCAUUCUAACUAAAUGUCUUGACUGUAAUGUGUGUGAGAUCUGCCUACGGUGGCUCCUGUGGCU